AUGACCAUGAAGCUGAAAAAGCCUAAAACUGACACUGAGGAAACUGUACCGCCAGUGGUGCCUCCUCAAGCGGAGAUUAUAGAGGCCGAUCUUUACAAGCGGUCGUACUUCGGUCCUGAUGUUCCUACACUAGAACUAGAGUGCUGGGAAGAAGAACUGUCUGAGGCUCAACUACAAGCUUAUAAGAAUGCUGACGAUGAAUACAAGAGUAUUCAGAAUAGAUUGGAUGAGAUGGUAAAGGACACUGGUGGUGAAAUUGUGUAUAAUGGAGACCAGUUCACUGCUUACCAACUGCUUGGGAAGCAACCUGUACUGAAGGACUUGGAAAGGCAAAGUGCUGAGAUCAUUAGAUCCAGGUCUCGUUCAAUGUCCAUCUCCAAGGAGAAACCUGGAAAGAGAGGUCGUCCACGUAAGAAUCGUGAGGAGGAUCGGGACUACUCACCUUCUCCAGAGAGGAAUAGGUCUCCAGAAGUUAAACAUAAGAAGAAAAAGAAGGACAAAGAGAAGCUUAAAGAGAAAGAGAAGGAGAAAGAAAAAGACAAGGAGAAUACUAAGACUAAGGAUAAGACUCUUGCACCUUCAAAUGUACACAGCGUGGUCACAAACGUGCGUCCCUCCGAGGCUACAGCCAUUGGGGGCUUGUUGACAGGCAGUGCUACGAAGACCACUGCCAUUGUUGACCUGACUAAAGACGAUGGCAAUAAGAACGUUGCUGAUUCUAGAGAGGUGUCAUUCAAUAAACUUCAAGGCAAGACAUUCCCCUCAUUAGUCGUAGUGGCGCGGCCCUACCUCCGUUCCAAGGACUCGACAGCUCCCUCAGACCGCACGACACUAGACAGUAAGGUGAAGUCAGUACUGAUGCACACUCCGAUGAAGUUCACGGAGUGGCUCAUACAACAGGGGCUCGUCCGGUCCGAGCAGUGGUGCGUCAUACAUUCCGGGAAUAAACUUAAACUUGGAAUGUACUCUGACGUAUCAAAGUUCCCCUACUCAGGCGGCUACGUCUGGAUAUCAGAAUGCUGUCCAACGCGAUUCGUCUCUGUGUACUCCAGCUCUAUAUUUGAAGGCGCGACUUUCCCGCCAAGCGUGCUACUCAAACUAAUAUACCACUGGGCGUGCCAAACAAACGUACAAAAUGUCGUUCAGUGGGUAAAAGUUGAUAAUUUGUAUGUAAAAGGCCUCUUUACUUGGCUAAGAGCGGUCUGCACGUCAGCCAUUCAUCAGCAUAUGAGCUUACUUGGUGGGGUCGGGAAGAAAGUUGAAGUUGGUGUCAUAUCUUUGGGCACUACUAGUCAUGACGGCACACAGAGACAGGUCAAGGUUGAAGUCUUAGGUGUACUUGAUCCUGUUGAGAAAUUGAUCCGUCUUCGCGCCGUAGAACCGUUAGCAGAACAUGAAAAGAACUACAAAAAGCGCUUCCAGAAAAUUCUGGAACCUCUUUCUUCAUGGGUGCAUCCAUCAUCAGUGAUUCUGACAGACUUGACGGUCGACAAGGGCACUCUGGUGUCCAUGGGCUUCAAGAAUGUGCACCAAGCAUCAGCACACUCCGACUCCUCAACUGCAAGGAACAGCAAUGCCAAUAUCAUGGAGUACUUGAGGCGGAUCGUGCCUCGAAUGUUCCAGAACACACUUUCUCUGUUAUCUAGGCAGAUUAUACAGCAAUUCUUGGAUGAGUUAGUUUGGAGAGAAAGGUACGGUAUUUCCCCCGGCCAAGCGUUCGACAACAUAGUGAUCCACAUAGCAGAACAAAGCAAGAUGGAGUCUAAGGACCCGAUCACAGUGCGUCUCAACAAGAUUGCUGCUAAUCCAUUCAAGAACUGGAAGUAUCCAACUGGCAAGAAACGGGAGAAAGUAGAGGAACCAGAGCCAGAGACCACAGGUCGCAGUAAGCGCGGCCGUAAAAAGAAGGAGCCCUCGCCCUCACCGCCACCCAAGAAGAGGAGGAAGGAGAAGACCACUUAUGUUGAAGAUGAUGAUGAAGAGAUACCACUAGCUCUUAGUCGAAAAUCAAAAAUAAAAGAAGAAAAAGAGAAAACUAAAGAGAAGAAAGAAGAAACGACCGCUCGUAGCCGACGGACUAAUAAGGCGAAGUCUUACGUUGAUGAUGAUUUGGAUGACAUUCCUCUCAAGAACAUCAAGAAGGAGGUCCGUCCUGAAGAGACGGUCUCCAUGGAGAGAUACUACUUUGGACAAAUCGGUGGAGAUGGAGAAUUUGCUAAAACUGCUAUUGCGGUUGAGUGCCCAGUCUGCCACGAUGAGUUCAACGACAACAUCGCCCUGAUGCACCACCUGUACGGGCACGCGGCGCCGGGCGCGGCCGACGGCUCCAACCCCGCGCAGUGCACGCUCUGCCUCACUCGGUUCCCCGCGCACGACGAACUCGACCUACACCUCAAGCACAACCACCCCACUGAUACUAAGUCGCCUGACUUGUUCACGUAUGCCUGUCUUAUUUGUGAGGUACGUUUCGCGGCAGUCCUGACCUUAGCAUCCCACAUGCAGAAGACCCACGCCCCGCAGGAGCUCCCCUACAGUUGCGGGGCCCCCGACUGCACCUACAGGGUGUCCUCGCAUGCACAACUACUCAAACACUACGCCAACACACAUAAAAACUCCGAUAGUGUCUGCUGUCCGCAUUGUCUUAAGGUGAUAAAGGUAUACUCAGACGGCUAUGAACUAACAGCCAACGUGGUGCUGUACCUGGAUCACUUGAAGCAGCAUCAGGACAAGGAUCUGGAAGUACGCUGCAAUAGAUGCGUGCUCAAGUUUGUACAUCUUGGCCAACUGAAAGAGCACCAAGUGCGUGAUCACAUUACCGUGGAAGGCGCGACACCGCUCUGCUCCGAAGAACACUUGAUUACCAAGCCUAGAAACAAGGCUCGUCCUCCAGUGAAGGACUCGGCCAACCACACAAUAGACGACACGUUCGAGGGCCUGACACUCGUCCUGCCGGACGGGAUGCUGUGUCGGGAGUGUGAUACCCCACUCGAGAGGGAACAACAUUUCUUGGGUACGACCCGUUGCACGAAGUGUUCGUACGUGACGUCAUGCUACCGCGCCAUGCUCCGCCACAGCGCGUACUGCGCCGGCCCGCACUCGCUCGAGGACGCGCCGCGCCCCGCGCCGCGCCGCGCGCACUGCGUCUGCGGGUACAAUACUGAUAUUGGAACGGACAUGUUGACUCACUUGUUGAUGUGUGACCACAAGUCCGCGUAUGCCUCCGAGGAAGAUGCCCGGGCAAACACUGUGGGCGCCGAGGACGUGCCCAUGGUCAACAUUGCCAAGCCUGUUGAAGAGACGCCACCUGCUGUUGACACGCAGCCAGUGGACAGUGUAGCAGCGAUGUCCGACUACGCUCCACCGUCAGUGCUCAACACACAACUGUCGCUCGACGACCUGGCGCCCCCGUCAGUACUGCAGUCUGAUCAGCAUGACCAAGAGCUACUGAAGGACACAUACGACCGUCCUUUAGCAACUCCACGUCAUGAGGAACCACACUACAGCCUCGGGGACUUCGAGCCGCUCCCUCAGGAACCACCGCCGCAGCCAGACUUCGAGCAGCUUUAA